UACCUCCGCAGCAGCAGCAACAUGGUCGGCAACAGGUACAACACCUUGUGCAGCAACAGGUUCGACAGCAGGUACAGCAGCAGCGUGGCCUACAACAACAACAGCCACAUCCACAACCGCAGCCGCAGCCGCCUCCUUGUCUCUUCACUCGAAGGGAAGAUUCCGAUUCGGUCAGGGUGUUGA